UUGAAUCGUGUUUGUGUUACUUUAUUAAGCUCCAUUGUGCAACGAUGAAGUUGGCCUUUUGUAUUUUACUCGUUUGUGCUACUUGCUGUGUAGAAGCAACUAACAAAUCUCUUGGAACCGCCGACGCCAUCCUGGAAACGCCGCCUGCAGAUGGGACCUUCAUGGAGAUGUUGCUGGACAGGUUGGACCAAAUGGACCAUAAGUUGUUGCAGCUUCAACACGAAAUGUCCGAACAUCGCGAGGAAGUGGAACGGAACCGUCUGGCCAACGAAAUGACCUCCGCGGAUUUCCUGUGGGCGAUACACCGAUUGGAGCAGGACGUCAGCAGGAACAUGAGUUUACUUCAGGAUCGUUCGUUGGUCAUCCUUGAUCAACAAAAGUCUUGCGCGAACCACGAUCGGCUGCGUGAGAAAUUGUUCGCCCACGUCCCGAAGCAGAACCUUUCGCAGAACAAAACCCAUGGACCCAUGGAUGCUGCAACGCCAACAUCGCCCCAACUCCAGCUGGAUAGCACCACAUCAUCGACAACACCUCCAACAACAACAACGACAACACACCCAACGGUCGGUGAGCCAACAACUUACGCAUCGUGCAAGGAUGCGCCAGCAAACAUUUCGGGAGUGUAUCUCAUCCGCAUCAACAACGUCAGCUCGCCUUUUAAGGUGUGGUGUGAACAGAUGGAGUUUGGAGGCGGAUGGAUAGUAAUUCAGCAUCGAUUCGAUGGGUCAGUUGAUUUCUUUAGGAAUUGGACUGAAUAUCGCGAAGGGUUUGGUGAGAUGGACAAAGAAUUUUGGCUCGGACUGGAGCACAUUCAUCAACUCACAACCGCACGGAAAUAUGAAUUGCUGGUGGAGAUAAAGGAUUUUAAUGGCACUUAUGGGUACGCACGUUAUAACUCAUUCCAAGUGGGAAGUGAGACUGAUCAAUACAGCCUUAAAUCCCUGGGAUCGUACAGUGGCACUGCAGGACAUUCGUUGGUAUCCGGGUACAAGUUCUCAACACCGGAUCGGAAUAAUGGUUCCGGUAGUAAUUAUGCUGUUUAUAACGAAGGCCCCUGGUGGCAUCCUGGCAUUUCCAAUUUGAACGGACGAUACAAGAAUACUGCCGAUAAGAAAUCGAUUUAGUGUUAUUAUUUGAAAAACGACUAUCGAGGAAUGAGCUUCACCAGGAUGAUGAUACGUCAACCGUGAAACUCUGUUCACACUAAUCGAGAUGGUUGAUAAACAAUCAAAUUACACUGUUUAACGAUAAUUGUACAUGUUUAUUGACGAGUAAAAUCCUUCCAGUGAUAAA